AUGGACGGCUCCCCAGGGCCCGCCGCCAAUGAGGCUGGGCCGGAAGCCAGCGAUGGCGGCAGCGGCGGCGGGGCCGGUGCUGAGGGGGGGAGCCCGCCUGCCGCCGCCGCCGAGAAGCUUGCGCGGCAGGAGAGCAGCGGGGAGGCUGCGCUCGCCAGCAGCCAGCAGGCGCACGACGGCUGCACGCUGGCCGCCGACCCUGGAAGCAGCGGCCGGGACGGCGAGCAGCAGGAGCCGGCGCCCAUGCCGCUGGAUGCAGCGGUGGAGCAGCAGGAGCAGCAGCAGGAGCAGCACGGCGCAGGCGAGCUUGAGCAGCGGCUGCCGCCUGAGGCUGGCAUUCAGCCGCAGGCAGGUGACGAGCAUGCAGCGCAGGAGCAGCAGCAGCAGCAGCAGCAGCAGGAGGAGGAGGAGGAGGAGCCGGGGCAGCAGCAGGGCUUCGCCCAGUCGCCUCCAGCAGCCGACGGCGGUGGCGGCGACCAGCUGGCGCCAGCUGGCGCGCUCGCCGGCCCCGACCCCGACCACCAGCAUCAGCAGCCCGGCCCCGGCCCCGAGCCUGAGAUGGACGAAGGCGCGGCCGAGGCGGCGGCAGAGGCGGCGGCCGCGGCGGCGCUGGAGCAGCAGCGCAAGCUCAAUGAGCUCGAGGCAGUGCUGCGCCAGGGUGAUGCCGUCAUGGAGCCCGCAAUCAUGGAGCGGCUGCGGGAGUAUGUGAUGGCCAAUGGCCACCCGCAGGCGGCUGUGGAGUACCUGACUGAGAGCUACGUGGGGUAUGCCCAGAUGGCGAGCCUGGUGUGCCGAUGGCUGGAAAUGACGGAGCAGAGCGGCGGCGGCGGCGGCGGCGGCACCAGCGGCGGCGGGCCAGGUGCCGCCAACGGCGGCACGGCAGCCGCCGCUGCGGCAGCAUCCCCCGGCAGCUGGGCUGCCGCCAGGGGCGGCCACGGCGGCGGCUCUGGGGCAGCGGGGGGCAGCGCGGGAGCAGCAGCAGGCGGUGGGGGGCCGCUGGAUGAAGCUUUCUACCUGCGCCAGCUGGCCAAAGAGCGCUUUGACCCGCACCUCUUUGCCACCGUCUUCACCUCUGGAGGCAGCGGCGCCCCGCAGUGGCUCAACGGCCUCAUCGCCUCGCCAGGCACGCCCUUGCUGUGUUUCUUGCGCUUGCAGCGCCGCGCCUGUAGCCACGGCUGCGGCCGCUCCCUUGUGUAUGAGCUGGCCGGGCGAUACAAGAACUCGCUGCUGCUCAACUUUGCCAUCCACAAGAUCCUGAUGCAGCCGGGGAGGGAGAAGGAGGUGGCGGCGGUGGGCGGCAGCCUGGCGGGAUACUUUGGCGUGUUCCACCGCCUGAUGGCGGCCAAGCUGCGGGAGGCGGCGGCGGCGGGGGACGACGAGGGCCUGGCGGCGUUGACCCGCAGCCUCAAGGAGGACUGCUGUGCCAGCCAGCACACGUACGUGCACGCGCAGCAGGUGUUGUGUGAGCUGGCCCGCCACCCCCACGGCGCCCGCUUCCGCCGCAUCGCUCAGGAGCUAGAGGAGCAUGCGGCGGCUCUGCACGGACCGGUGGUGUGGAAGAUGCGGCAGUGGUUUGCGGAGCCGGGCCAGCCCGAGGCGCACUACCAGGUGGCCGCGCUUCUGUCCGACAUCCUGGCCGCCUCGGUCAGCGGGGUGCCGCCCGCCUCGGAGAUGGGGAAGCUGUACCGCAUGUACUGGCCACAGGAACCGGGCCAGCAGCCCCCGCCCGUCUCCUUCCUGCGUCACCCGCGCGUGUUUGACGUCCUGCUGCACGGCCUGUUCAGCCCGGGGCGCCAGCUACAGCCAGAGGUGGUGCAAGCCUACUCGGGCCUGCUGGCGCUGGCAGCGGCAGCGGACGACCGGCGGCCGUGCGGCCCAGCCGACGGCAGCGGCGGGGCGCAGCCGCCAGAUGACCUGCUGGAUGUGUCUGGCGUGGCCGCCACGCGGGCGGCGCUGGAGGCGGCCGCUGAGCUGGCGCAGCACGUGCUGCAGGACCAGAAGAGCAGCGCGGAGGAGCUGGAGCGGGCGGCGGCGGUGAUGGAGUACCCCUGCUGCGCGGCGGGCCUGCUGCGCGCCAUGAGCGCCCAGCUGACGCGGCCCGACUACUGGCAGACCGCCUACCACCUGCUCAAGUCGCCCCCCUUCCUCUCCCUCCUCUCCCUGCUCGUGCCGCGCCAGCCCGCGCUGCACGGCAGCCUGCUGCAGCUGGUGGGGCGCGCGCUGGGCGCGCUGGGCAACACCAACCACGACAUGGCCAAGGGAUUCCUCUCCAUCGCCCUGGUGUCUGCGGGGCGCGUGUUUGAGGUGCUGCGGUGGGCUGAGGAGUGGAAGCAGAGCGCCGACCCCUCCCUGGUGCGCCACCUCGUGUUUGGCGUGCUGGAGGUCUCCGCCCCGCCCUACUCCCCAGACUUUGCGGGCAGCAUGCUGAGGCUCAUGAUGGCGGCGGGCAUACGGCGGCAGCGGCUGAGCACGCGCGACUGGGCCAUCAAGGCGCUGCUGGAUGAGUUUGCGGCGGCGUGCGCGCAGGCAAGGGGCAGGGCUGCAAGGGGCAGGCAGGCACGGCUUGGGCCGCCACGUGGCCGCCUUGGUCUCGCUGUCCAGUUCAAGCCGCCGCUCACCGCCCGCGAGGCCGCCUUCCUGCAAGACAUCUCCGCCGACCGACCGCCGGGCUACUGA